ACCAACCAAGAAAACAGAUCAAGAUUAGUAAAAAAAGUCAACUUUAACACCUCACUUAACAAACCAGUAAGAACCUCAACUCCACUAUAAAACCCCCACACUGACCAAACCCUCCUCUCCACCACCACAAACCACCAUGUCUCUGCCGCUAAACCACCACAUUGCACCACCAUUUGUCUUCCCCAGUGUCAACUCCACAGUCCUCCCUGAGCCCUCAACUUUUUUCUCACAUCACCUCACUAAAAGCCCAUUACCCACAAACUCAUUUUUUCAAAACUUUGUGCUAAAAAAUGGUGACCAACAUGAAUACAUUCACCCAUACAUAAUCAAAUCUUCACUUUCUUCACUUUCUAUUUGCUACCCUUCUUUGUUUUUGAGCACAUCUUUCUUUUACCAAGUUUUCAUCUUGGACCUCACAUUUUCAAUUUUGAACAAUUCGAACCCAAAUUCAACUCAUGUGGUGUCUUCUUACGAUGAUUUGAGUGUUACUUUGGAUCUUCCUUCAAGUAAGCUGAGAUUCUAUCUUGUUAGAGGUAGCCCUUUUGUUACUUGUGAAGUUCUUGAUAAAGUUGAGAUUUUGAUUAGUACUAUUCAUGCAAUUCUUGAUUUUUAUGCUAAUAGUGAGAAAACUAAGUAUACUAUUAAGCUUAAUAAUAAUCAGACUUGGGUUUUGUAUGCUUCGUCGUCGAUUAAGUUAAGGCAUGAUGGUUCUAGGAUUACUUCUAGUGCAUUUUCGGGUAUUAUUCGUGUUGCUGUUGUGACUAAUACUGAGAAUGAGGUGGUUCUUGAUCGGUUUAGUUCUUGUUAUCCGGUGUCUGGUAGGAGCUCGUUUAAGAAGCCUUUUUCGAUGAGGUAUAAAUGGGAGAAAAGAGGGUGGGGGGAUUUGUUAAUGCUGGCUCAUCCUCUCCAUAUUAAGCUUCUUAAGAAGAGUAGGAAGGUUACUGUUUUGGAGAAUUUUAAGUAUAAAAGUAUUGAUGGGGAUCUUGUUGGAGUUGUUGGUGAUUUCUGGGUGUUGAAGACGGAGCCAGUGUCUGUGACUUGGCAUUCAAUUAAAGGUGUUAAAGAGGAUUCGUAUUGUGAAAUACGUAAUGCACUUAAAAAAGAUGUUGAAGUCCUUGAUACGAAAACAAUGGGAACAAAUUCUUCGUACUUUUAUGGAAAAUUGGUGGCGAGGGCAGCAAGAUUUGCUUUGAUAGCUGAAGAGGUGUGUUAUCCGGAUGUAAUUCCAGCAAUUAAGAAAUUCUUGAAGGAUGCAAUUGAACCAUGGUUAGAUGGGACUUUUGGGGGCAAUGGUUUCUUAUAUGAUGAGAAAUGGGGUGGAAUUGUGACUAAACAAGGAUCAACUGAUACUGGUGGGGAUUUUGGGUUUGGAAUAUAUAAUGAUCACCAUUUUCAUCUCGGGUACUAUCUUUAUGGAAUUGCAGUGCUUGCAAAAAUUGAUCCUGCUUGGGGAAGGAAAUAUAAGCCACAGGCUUAUACGCUAAUGGAGGACUUUAUGAAUUUCAGGAAGAAAAAGAAUUCGAAGUAUACUCGUCUGAGAUGUUUUGACUUGUGGAAGUUGCAUUCUUGGGCUUCAGGAUUGACUGAAUUUGCAGAUGGAAGAAAUCAGGAGAGCACGAGUGAGGCAGUGAAUGCUUACUAUGCAGCUGCUUUAAUGGGGUUGGCAUAUGGAGAUGCCCAUCUUGUCGCUACUGGCUCAACAAUUUUAGCAAUGGAGAUUCAGGCAGCACAAACUUGGUGGCAUGUGAGGCAGGGAGAUGAGUUGUAUCCUGAAGAGUAUACAAAGGAGAACAGGAUACUCGGUAUUUUAUGGGCUAACAAGAGGGACAGCGGGCUGUGGUUUGCUCCACCUGAAUGGAAAGAGUGCAGGCUGGGAAUUCAACUCCUACCAUUACUACCUGUUAGUGAGGUGUUAUUUUCUGAUGUCAAGUUUGCGAAGGAACUUGUAGAAUGGACAUUACCAGCUUUAGCUAGAGAAGAUGUUGGAGAGGGGUGGAAGGGGUUUUUGUAUGCUUUGGAAGGGAUAUAUGACAAACAUGGUGCCUUAAAAAAUAUUAAGAAGUUGACUGGCUAUGACGAUGGUAACUCCCUUACGAACCUCUUGUGGUGGAUUUACAGUAGAGGUGAUGGAGAAGAGGGGUCUCAUGGAAGUUUUUGCUCGUAUAAUCACAUUUGUCACUAACCAAAUUAUUGAUCAUCUUGGUGAUACUAAGCAGACUUAGUAAGAUGAUCGACGCCUUUCAUUCUAUUUGUAUCAUGAUUGCUAUUUUUUUCGGUUUAAUGUUUUUUUUGUAUGUUUUGGGCAAUUUAUUACAUGAUUUAAACAUAUUAAUGUUUUUUUUUGUUUUUAUCA